AUGCAAUUCACAAACCAAAUGGCUUCGUUAUUAUUGUCCUUCUCUCCCUGCAAUUCCGACUCCCUCGUUUGGAGGCCUUCCCUCUCACAAUCUCCCACUAUCUCAUCAGCAUACAAGCCCUCCUCCGUCCACCGCCGCCGCGGGUGUUCACGGAGGAGUCCGCCGCGCCUCCUCGUGGCCAACCCCUCCUCUCCUGUCGCCCCGAGCCCUGCCGUGGAUGACAACCACGACGCGGAGGAGGCCUCAUCGUCCACUCGAUCGGAGCCUGCCUUCUCCUGGAGGGAUCAUUGGUACCCUGUCUCCCUCAUCGAGGACCUCGAUCCGCGCGUCCCCACCCCCUUCCAGCUCCUCAACCGCGAUCUCGUUAUCUGGAAAGAUCCCAACUCCGGCAACUGGGUCGCCUUAGAUGACCGCUGCCCUCACCGUCUCGCGCCUCUAUCGGAGGGAAGGAUCGACGAGAGCGGUUACUUGCAGUGCUCGUAUCAUGGAUGGUCCUUCGAUGGGAGCGGCGCGUGUUCCCGGAUCCCGCAGGCAGCGAGCGAAGGGCCUGAAGCGCGAGCAGUUCGAUCGCCCAGAGCUUGCGCAAUCAAAUUUCCUACCCUGGUCUCGCAGGGUUUACUGUUUGUCUGGCCCGAUGAGAAAGGUUGGGAGAAGGCCACUGCUACCCAACCUCCCAUGUUGCCAGCAGAAUUUGAUGAUCCCAAUUUCUCCACCGUGACUAUCCAGCGUGACCUGUUCUAUGGCUACGAUACACUCAUGGAAAAUGUCUCGGAUCCGUCUCACAUAGAAUUUGCACAUCACAAGGUCACUGGGAGAAGGGAUAGAGCUAGACCAUUGCCGUUUCAGUUGGAAUCUAGUGGUCCUUGGGGCUAUGCUGGUUCAGAUAACGGGAACCCACGCAUCACUGCUAAGUUUGUUGCUCCUUGCUAUGCUAUGAACAAGAUAGAGAUCAAAACAAAAUUGCCUGUUCUUGGUGACCAGAACUGGGUAAUCUGGAUCUGUUCAUUUAACAUACCUAUGGCCCCAGGGAAAACUCGCUCCAUUGUUUGUAGUGCUCGAAACUUUUUUCAGUUCACAAUGCCAGGCCCUUCAUGGUGGCAGCUGGUUCCCCGCUGGUAUGAGCACUGGACUUCAAACAAGGUGUAUGAUGGCGAUAUGAUUGUACUUCAAGGACAAGAAAAGAUUUUUCUUUCUGAAAUGUCAACAUCCUCUAUAGAUGUCAAUCAGCAAUAUACGAAGAUUACAUUCACACCUACACAGGCUGAUCGUUUGGUUCUAGCAUUCAGGAAUUGGUUGAGGAGACAUGGAAACGGUCAGCCUGAUUGGUUUGGCCACGCUAACCAACAUGCAUUACCUUCAACUGUCUUGUCCAAACAUGAGAUGCUCGACAGAUUCGAGCAACAUACCCUCAAAUGCUCAUCCUGCAAAGGUGCCUAUGAGGCUUUUCAGGUUUGGCAGAAAUUAUUUUUAGCGUCGACAGUCAUUUUUUGUGCAGUUGCUGGAAUUCCUUCAGAAAUUUCAUUUCGUCUCCUUCUCGCCGGGGCUGCCAUUGCCAGUGCUGCCCUGGCUUAUGCUCUCAAUCAACUCCAGAAGAACUUUGUAUUUGUCGAUUACGUGCAUUCUAAGAUUGAUUGAUCCGUAUCAUGUUGGUCCACGAAUAGUGAUGGUUUAGAGCAAGAACCAGGUAUAUGAAGUUAUAUGAACCGCCGUUGUGGCUAGUAAGAUGAUGCUGUAAAUGUCUGAGUUCUAUGUUGUGGCUAGCAGGAACACGGUUUAUUAGAAACGUUGUUCAAAACAAAUACAAAUACAUUAGUAGAAAAGGAUUUUCCUCAGAAUUUGCGUUCAAA